AUGUCUACUACUGCAACCACCGUUGAGACCGCCCAGGUCAACCCAAACUUGCAUGGCUUUGGUCGCAUGCGUGUUGAUGGUACCGAUAGGCAUUUUGGAGAUUUCCGAGAUGACCUCACCAGAGAUGGUUUCGCCAUCGUCAAAGGCGCUAUUCCCAAAGAAAAGGCUUUGAAGUAUGCCGAUGAGAUGUACUCCUGGCUAGAGGGCUUUGAACUGGGAUUUGACAGAAAUGAUCUGUCUAGUGUGCACAAAGACAAACUUCCCCUGAUCAAUGAGAAGGGCAUGUGUCUGCACUACGCCCUUCCUCAUGAGAAGUUUGUCUGGGAUAUUCGAAGUGAGCCUGGAGUUGUUAGUGCCUUCGAGAAGAUCUACGAUGACGAGGAUCUUAUUGUGUCCUUCGAUGCCAUCAAUUUCCAGUUCCCCAACCGUACUGACAUUGCUCCCAACAAGCCCUGGCCACACCAGGACCAGGACCCUGAGAAGCAUGGUUUCCGUUGCAUGCAAGGACUAGUGAACCUGCUUCCCAACGGCCCAGAAGACGGCGGAUUGAUCGUCUGCCGAGGCGGCCACCUCAUAUCCGAACAAUUUCACAGAGCGAUGGCCGACGAAGAAAGAAUUCCAGCCUGGACACCUGAAUGGUAUGGCUUUACCGAGCGCGGCAUGAAAUGGCUCGAAGACCACGGCUGCAAGUGGGAAAAGCUCAGCGCCGAGCCUGGUGAUCUUCUUCUCUGGGACUCACGCACGCCUCACUACAACCUGAGUCCGAAGAAGAACCAGCCACGCUUUGCCGUCUAUACCUGCUUUAUGCCUGUUGCAGACGCGACCCAAGACGACCUACUGCGCAAGAAAGAAGCGUUUGAUCGUCGUGUUGGUACUACGCACUGGCCGAAUGCGAAGCAUACUGGGUCCAAUGUCGCCCAGCGGGACGGGAAGGAGGAUGCUCAUAAUCGUUCCAAGCCACUGAAUGACCCAGUUUUGAGUGAGAGAGCUUUUAAGCUCACUGGUAUUCCUUAUAUCAAGGCUUAG